AUGAUUUUAAUUAAAAGGGAAUAUUAUAUUUUAUUAUACUCACUCUAUAAAAUUAUUUUAAAUAGGUUACCACAGACUCAUAAAAAAAGAAAAUCUUAUUCCGAAACCAAUCCUUUUUAUCAAGAUCAACAGGGCAAUAUAAAAUAUUUUUUUUAUGGAUAUGAGGUUAUAGAAUGGAUAUUAAAAUCAAAUAUUAAUACAAUUACAAGAGCGAAGGCUGUUGCCAUUGCACAGUCAAUAUUAUCACUAUUUAUAAUUACAGAUCCAAAAAUAAAUGACUCUGAAUAUCUAAACAAAAAUUUACCUAUAUCAAAGAAAAAAAUGAUAUUUAGCGAUGACAGAACUUGUUAUUCACUUAUAAAUAAUAAUAACAUAAGCACCUUUGAAAACUAUAAUAAAUAUUUAUAUGGAAUGUAUAUGAAAAUUAAAUUUGUAUGUCCAAACCCAUAUUAUUGUAUACAAACGGUAUUUUCAAUUUAUCCAACAACCCAACCCCAAAAUAUUAAUAACAAUAAUAACAUUCAAAAUAUAGAUAAUAAUAGUUAUAGUUUUGAAAAUGAAUGUUCAAUAAUAACAAAACCAUUAUCACCACAAGUAUCCCCAUUAUCAAUAAAUGAAAUUUAUACAGAUAAAAAAAAAGAAAUUAGCCCAAAUGCAAUAAAUGAAAAUCUAGAUUAUAAUAUACAAGAAGGAGUCAUCGAAAUGGAAAAUAUUAGUCAAUAUAGACAGCAGCAGGAAUCGGAUGAAUCAAAAUUUUCAAUAAUUAUUGGUUAUAAAGAUGUUGAUGAGGAUGAUUUUAAUAUAUCAAACUACCGAUGGACAAAAUAUUUUUCAGUUUUGGUUUAUUUAGUGAUUGUUUCAACUGCAGGUCUUGGUUUACAGUGGCAUCUAAUUAAAGAAGUAUAUAAUAUACCGUCAAUUAUCUAUAUAGUUAUUGGUAUCCUUGCAACUUUUUUAUGGGUUUCAGCAACGAUAUUGUUCCUAUAUUGCUUUAUUUCAAAUUUCAACAAUUCAAUGGUAGAUUUAAGAAAUGGUAUUUUUUCAACUAUUUACAAUACUGCUCCGUUAUCCUUGUUCCAAGUUUCUGAUAUUUCAAUAUUUGCAAAUAAAACUCUUGCAAAAGUUAUUUUUUGGUCUAGUUUUGGUCUAUAUUCAGUCACUCUUUUAUUCCUUUAUACACAUUUUGUGCUUCGAUUUAUAAGGAAGAAACCUAUUUCAAUAACACCAAGCUUUAUUUUCUCUGGUGGCUGUUUUGUUAUCGUGGCAUCUGUUUCUAAACACUUGGGAUAUACUUCCAUGGUAUGGUUCUCCUAUGGAUUUGGUAGCAUAGUUUGUAUAAUAAUCCAUGCUGUUAUAAUCUAUCAGUAUAUUGCCAAAGCUAGAAAAGGAUCCUUUUUACCGAUAGAGUCCAUUCCAUCACAACCUGUUUUUAUCAGCUAUUCUUCUUUGUUGUGUUCAACGCUAAUUUCUAUUCAAGAAGGGGUUACCAUUUGGGGUCGGUUAGUAUAUUUAUUUGUAUUUUUAAAUAUAGUGUUGGUUUUUAUUGUUUGGAUAGUAACAAUUAUCAAGGCUCCAAAACUUUAUGUUCCACCAUUUAAUCUUGGUAUGUGGGGGUUCUCUUUUCCAUCAACAUCAUUUUCAGUUUGUGCAAUAUUAUAUUACAAAUACAAUACAUUUUUAAUUACAAAAAUAUUCUCUCUUUUCACCAUCACAAUUAAUAAUUUAAUUUACAUUGCAUUACUUAUUUUUACAAUUGCACAUAUAACAAAAAAAAAUUUAUUCAUUGUUUCGAAAUUUAACAAAACCACAUUUUUAUCACCAAAAUUUAAUAAAAAACAACCCCAAUAA